CGGUUCGUUAAUACUGCUCAGUUCACUCGGGCGACGCAGCUUAGCCGUACACGUUUGAGCUUUGUCGGUAGACUUCAUAGUGCCUGCAGAGGUGGUAUGGUCAGCGCAGACUUUUCUUUCGCCUGCAAACGCAGACUUUGCAGACAAUGUCAGUAUUCUCGGAAGGUACUUGAAAUUACUCAGAUCGAUUAUAAAACGUCUUAUCAAUGGGCAAAUUAAUCCAUUCUGAAGACAGAAAAGUUGGAUCUAUUUUCCUUGGUAUUCUAUGGGAACUUUGAGUUCAUGAACAGAGCUGGAAAAAUGUCACUAUCUUCAAAUGAGACACAAUUUUGGACAUUGGAAGAGCCGGACAACCGAACAACAGGUGACCCUCUCGGCCCAGAAGUGGUAAUUGUGCCUGUCAUAUUUGGAUGUAUAUUUCUCUUAGGCAUUUUUGGCAACACAUUGGUGAUUAUAGUCAUUGGAAGAAUCAAGUCUAGGCGUUCUCGAAGUACGACGAACAUUUUUAUCUUAAAUCUCAGCAUAGCGGACUUGACUUUUUUAUUAUUUUGUGUCCCAUUUCAAGCAACAAUAUACAGCCUCCCAGAGUGGAUCUUCGGGGCUUUCUUCUGUAAAUUUGUUCACUAUUUCGUGAUGGUGAGCAUGUUCGUGAGCAUCUUUACCCUGGUGGCUAUGUCUAUUGAUAGGUACAUUGCUGUUGUCCACUCGAAGAAAUCGCCAUGCAUUCGCAAUAAAAGGAAUGCCCUCAUUGGAAUUUGUAUCAUUUGGUUGCUUUCUUUCAUCUUUGCAAUUCCGGUUGCCCAACACCAAAUACUUACCAAUCACCCUGAGGCUCCCAACAGUUCAUUUUGUUGGGAGAUAUGGACAGAAACUGUGGCGAAACAGACCUACAAAGUGACUAUUUUAGUAAUUGGGUAUCUGUUACCACUGUGUUUGAUCACAUGCUGUUAUACCAAGGUACUGUAUCAUCUACACAAAAAGAUGAAGAACAUGUCCAAAAAAUCUGAGCGUUCAAAGAGGAAGACUGCCCAAACCGUGCUCUUGGUGGUGACCGCCUUCCUCAUCUGCUGGAUGCCCCACCACAUCAUAGCCAUGUGGGUGGUGUUUGGAAGGUUCCCCCUGAACGACGCCUCCUUCGCCUUCCGCAUCAUCUCCCACUGCCUGGCCUAUGGCAAUUCCUGCGUAAACCCCAUCCUCUAUGCGUUCCUCUCGGAGAACUUCCGCAAAGCCUGCCAGCAAGUCUUCUCAUGCCAUUUCUUCUACCCACCGCCACCGGUGGAGAAGGUGGUGCGCAUCCGGUUGGAGAACUUCUCCACCACACACUCCACUACCAAUAUAUGAAGCAGCGAGACAGCUAUGUGAAAAGACAAAAGACUCCCAUGAGAAGUCUAGCUGCAGUGUUAGUUAUGGCUCUGACAGAGAAAUUAAUGACUUUCAACCCUCUCUAAAUUGCUAAUGUGAAGUAAGAAAAAG